AUGACCUCGUCCUACUCUAGAAAGCCGCUCUCGCCGUCGGCCCUCGCCACCGACGCCCGCAACUGGUCCCACCCUUCCUCUCCCCCCUCGGCGGCCAUUCACGCCAACGGCGCCCGCUAUUCGCCCGGUGGACGGUCACGCGUGCCUUCUCACAGCCAGCGCCUCGGCACUGCCGACUCGUCGGUAUCCCAGGCCACCUUCACCCAGCAGCAGAGGAAUGCGCAGCACCAGCAGAUGUACGCCAACGGCAUGAGCGGCGACAGGCAUGGCUACCCUACCUCGAAUGGCGGCGGCCCCUCUUCGCCACACAGCUCGGACCGCGGCCUGCAGACCCCCUCGCUCGAGGGGCGCACCCGGCUCGCUUCCAAUGGCGCGGCAAUGGGCCCGCCACCGCACAUGCGCCCUGCCCCGCUGCAGAGCCACGUCUACGGCCUCAACCUCGACCUGCGCACUCCGGCCCCCCCGCUGCCCCAGGCUCCCGGCGAGGCGACAUCUUCGUCGAAAAAGAACCGGCCGGCGCCGCACGAGCAGAAUGCCAAGUUCAGCGUCGAGCUGUUUGCCUCGCAGUUUGACCAGCGCGGCUACCCGAUCCUGUCUGGGCGGGCCGCCUCGGUCAAGGGCGUCCUGCGCAUGCCCGCCGCGACAGGCUGCGAUGUCAUGAUGAAGAUCUCUGCCCACACCGCUGCAGGUGCGCCGGCUGCAGUGUGGGACGGCAUCGCCUUGGCUCCCUUUGACCUGGGCGAGGAGCGCAAGGUCUUCGAGGUCCGCGACCGUUUGAAGGCCAACUUUGACCUGGCACGGCCCCGCGACGCCUUCGCCCCGCGCAACGAGGCGAUGAUGGAGCCGCCGUCACUCACCCAGGACGACUUUGUGCUGCCGAUCCCGUUCGACGUCAAGCUGCCGCUCGGCAAGGCGACGCGCGUCGUCGACGGCGAGCUGCAGUCGGUCGCCGUGCCGCUGCCGCCGAGCUUCGAGAUCAGCUCCAAGCUCGCCGCCCAAGAGAGGCGCGAGAUGCGCAUGAGCACCAAGGGCAAGACGCGCGGGCUGGCGGCCAAGGAGCUCGUCGAAAAGGGGUUCGAAAAGGUCUACCAGAUCGGAUGCUACUACCAGAUCACCUGGACGCUCGUCCGGGACGGCGGUGCGGGCGGAGGCCGAGGCGCCAGCGGCAAAAAGGGCGACAAGGCGAGCAAGGGCCAGAAGGAGGCGCCGGCCGCCGAGGGCGACACGCUCACGGUGCCGUUCAUCUUUACGGGCGAGCCGACCACGCUGCCGCCCUACCCGCCCACGAUACCUUCGUCGCUCAGCCCCAAGAUCUUCACCACGCCAGGCACCGAGCUCGGCGACCAGUGGGAUGUCCACCGUUCGACGGCGCGGUGGUCCGGCUCGCUGCUCAAGACGAUGCGCCGCGCCGUCGAUCUCGAGCUGCACAUCCCAUCGCCCUCGAUCGUUCAGGCGCCCUCGCACCUGCCCAUGCUGAUCAUCAUCCGUCCGCAGGACCCCACCCUCCUGCUGAGCGUCCGCAACGGCCCCCAGAGCGGGCCCAACACGGCGCCGGGCUCGCCCGAGACGGGCUUCCGCGAGGACCCCAUCGACCAGCUCGUCGCCAACGGCGGCAGCGACCGCGACCGCGAGCGCGACCGGGACGCCGAGUCGAUCCGGACCACGCGCAGCAUCAUGUCGCGCCUGAUCCGGCCAUCGAUGAGCCUGGCGCGCCUGUCGGGCGGCAGCGGAGGCGGAGGCGGCGGAGGCGGAUCGUCGUCCGGGUCGGGCCGGAAGCCGGGCAGUUCCGGAUCCAGCAUCUUUUCCAGCCGCCGCCCCAACACGGCGCCCAGCACCGGCAGCUCCGAGGCGGGCGUGUCGGACUCGAUGACGAACCGCACCUUCAACCCCAACGGCGCCGUCCCGGACCUGGCCGGGCUGGUGUGCGUGUCGCUGGUGCAGACUACGUACUGCAGCACCGAGGGCGUCAACGACACGCCCGAGAGCCGGCGCAAGAUUGUCUCGGUGGCCGACCUCGAGGAAGUCGACGUCCAGGCGCUGCUGCUCAGCUCGCUGCCUGGCGCCGAUGAGCCUGGCUUCGGCCGCUCCGCCGAGGACAUUGCCGCCAUCAACGAGGUCAGCGCGAGUGCAAAGGCCGCGGGGGUGCGCGUGCUGGUCGGCUCGCUGACCGUCAACCAAACCACACCGCCCAGCUUCCGCUGCCAGGGUCUCGAGGUCAAGUACGCUGUCAAGGUGGACCUGAUGCCCGCCAACCGGAUCGGCGGCGACGGCGUCGAAAAGGCGUUCCGCAACCUCGGCAUCCGCAGCGGACGCAGUCGGGGCCUGUCCGAGGGCUACAGCACCACUUCGUCGGUCCACACCCAGACGCAGUUUACGCAGCUCUCGAACGGCAGCACGCCGCCCACGACGCCGCCCUCGGCCGGCGGCACGACGCGACCAUUUGGAGCCGCGCGGUCGCCCGGUCCAGAGAAUGGCCAGGGCGAGCAUCGGCCGUACCCAAGCAUCAUGGAGAGCGCGGCGGCCUCGUACGACGCCAUGGGCUCGCCGCCGCACCCCAACGAGGUGGGCGUGGCCUACUCGACCAACGACCAGUCUGCGGUGGCGGCCGAGGCGCAGGAGCCGCAGGAGAUCUUGUCGCCCGAUGUCGACUCGGUGGCGCGCUUCCCCGGCGGUCCGAUGUACCACCAGCAGCGGGCGAUGCCGAGCUACCCGCACAACCUGAGCAGCGGCUCGGUGAGCGGGUCGAGCCGCACGGGCUGGGGCAGCGGGCAGUCGGUGUCCGAGGCCGGGUACACGCAGAGCAGCUCGUUUAUGUCCGAGUGGGGCAAGGACCGCAAGACGGUGUCGAAGCUGCACAAGACCAUCGGCGAGAUGUGGAUCGAUGUCCGCGUGGUGCGCGCCCAGACCUUCUGA